AUGGAAUCAUUCUAUGAAGCUUUGGAGAGAUUCAAAGAAUAUACAAGGAGCUGCCCCAAUCAUGGCUUUUCAGAAGGUAACCUUUGGAACAUCUUUUACAAUGGGAUUGAUCAUAAAUACAAGCUUUCUCUCGAUACCGCGAGCAAUGGUAAUUUCAUGACCAAGUCGGUGCCGGAGGCUAAGCUUUUGAUUGAGAAUCUCGCUGCUAGUGAUGCCAAUGCAUGCCCUGACUACAAUAGAAGCGUGAAGACCACGAGCUCAUCAGAAUCAGCUCAAAUCUCGGAGCUAAGGAACAUGGUUUCACAACUACUCAAAAGCCGACAAGGAGUUCACGCCAUUGAAGAUGCCCUAGCCACAAAUGAAGACACUCUUAUGGAUUUCAUGAGAGAUGGCGCUGAAGAGAAUCUAGAGGAAGUCAACUACAUUGGAGGAAACUAUGGGAAUAGAGGAUUCAAUCCACCAUUCCGCGCGCAUCCAAACCUAUCAUACCGGAGCAACAAUGUGGAGAAUCCAAAUGACCAAGUCUACCCCAAUCAAGGAGCGUAUCAAGGAGGCCAAUACCAAUCCAAGCCACAACAAGUCUAUCCAAGAGGGAUGUACCAAGUGAAGCAACCAUUCACUUUUUCUCAAGAAACAAAUCCAACCCAAACCGGAGAGAAAGUUGACGUGGCGUUGAAGAAAUACAUGGAGGAGCAGAGAUUGAUCACCAAGAACCUAUAUGAGAAGCUUGAUCACAUGUUUGGUGAUCUAAGCAGCAAGUUUGGGUCUCUCUCUACUCACGUUCAAAAGCUUGAGAUGGCACUAUUGUCUCCUACACUAUCUCAAGGGGAAGAAGAAGAAAAUGAGCCUAAGGAGAGGCACAAACCGGAGAGAUACAGUUGGGAAUCAAGAAGAGCUUACAAGAGAAGACUUGAAGGCAAGCCACUACAAAAACAAGAAGAUCCGGGGAAGUUUGUGAUAACUUCAAGUAUCAAUGGCAUUCAACUCCACGAUUGCCUAUGUGAUACUGGUGCUAAUGUUAAUCUAAUGUCUCUUGCACUUGCAAAAGACUUGGGAUUCAAGGAAUUCAAGAGCCCCAAGAUAAGAGUCGAGUUCGCGGAUCUAUCGUGCAUGGAACCUAUGGAAUGCUUGAAGAUGUCAUGA